AUGUGGACUAGGCCACAGUGUACGACUAUACUUGUCUCUACACUUGUUGUUCUAUUUGUUGUUGGUUCAUGGCUUAAUCUAUCUGGUGUAUGGAUUGAAUUUCCAUUAAUUGUCGAUCAAUUACCUGAAGGAUGGCACUUACCAGCUACGAUGGGUCUUGUUGCCAAUCUAGCUAAUAUUGGUGUAGUGAUUAUUGCUGUUGUUCGACGACUUUCUCAUGGUGGUGUUACUUAUGAAAUUCCUGUAAAUAUAUUUAUAUUAACAACAGGUACUGUUGUUCUUGUUAUUCUUGCUUUUGUAUGGAAUAAAACAACUAUAAUUAAUGGAAAUCCACAUUCAACUUAUUUAAUGGGAUUUUCAUUAACAUUAUCACUUGUUGAUUGUACAUCAAGUGUAACAUUUUUACCAUUUCUUGAUCGUUAUGAACCAGUUUAUAUUAAUGCUUAUUUUCUUGGUGAAGCACUUUCUAGUUUAUUUCCAGCAUUAUUAGGCAUAGCACAAGGUGUAGGUCAAACAUCAUGUAUAGAAAAUGAAGAUGGAAAAUUAGUUGAAUAUAAUUCUCCAGCACGAUUUUCUGUUCGGACAUAUUUUUUAGCAUUAUCAGUUAUUAUGUUAGCAUCACUUAUUUCAUUUAUUACUCUUUGUCUGACACGAAUGGGUCGAAAAAAAGAUAUACAACCGCAGGAAUCUUCGAUUUUAAAAGAUGAUAGACCAGUUAUUGAAUUAAGUACAAUCGAAAAGACUGAUAUUAAUUUAGACAUUAUUGAACAUAGGGAUGCGUUAGAAACUGAAUGCAAAAUGACCAGAAAAGAAUUUUGGCUUUCAGAACAUGGAAUAUAUUUAUUUCUAUGUUUUUGGACAAGUAUUCUUAUUAUUGGUGCUACUCCAAGUAUACAAAGCUUUUCUCUUUAUCCUUAUUCAAUCGAAGUUUAUCAUCAUACAAUAAUAGCUUGUCAAUUUGCAUAUCCUCUCAUGUCAUUUCUUGGUGUAUUAGUUCCAAGUUUGCGUUCUCGUUACAUAUAUAUUCUUACCAUUAUUGGUACUGGUUUUUUUGCAUAUACAUUUAUUGCUGCCAAACUUUCACCCUGUUCACCAUUAGUUGAUCAAUUUAUUGGUCGAGUUAUAAUCGCUUUGAGUUGGAUAUUGAAAUAUUGUAUAUUAUAUUUUAUUCGUGUUUUACUUGGUAAUUAUUUUCGGCGUAAAUCUGGUCAUCGUGGUUUAUUUUGGUUUGGUGUAUUAACACAAAUAGGUUCAUUAAUUGGUGCAGUUACUAUUUAUAUAUUUACAGAUCAUUUACAUCUAUUUCGUGAACGUAAAAUAUGUACUUCAUAUGCAUGUUAA